CCGCGGGAUUAGCCGUUGUCCGAUCUGCCGCGUCGCUACCCGGAGCUCGGUACUCCUCGGGGGUUGGUGCUGCAGCCGCCCCGGAACAUGGCGCCGGGGCGGUUCUGGCACUGCUGCCAGCGCGGCGUAGGAUGGGUGCCGGUGCUGUUCAUCGCCUUCGUGGUGGCCUGGUCUUACUACGCGUACGUGGUGGAGCUGUGCGUGUUUACUCUUUCUGGAAAUGGAGAAAAUGGAAAGGCCGUUGUUUACCUUGUGGCUUUUCAUCUGUUCUUUGUUAUGUUUGUAUGGUCCUAUUGGAUGACAAUUUUCACCUCUCCCGCUUCCCCCUCCAAAGAGUUCUACUUGUCCAACUCUGAAAGAGAACGUUAUGAAAAAGAAUUCAGCCAAGAACGACAACAAGAAAUUUUGAGAAGAACAGCCAGGAACUUACCUAUCUACACUACCUCAGGCUCAAGGACCAUCAGGUAUUGUGAAAGAUGUCAGUUGAUUAAACCUGACCGUGCGCAUCAUUGCUCAGCAUGUGACAUAUGUAUUCUUAAGAUGGAUCAUCACUGUCCUUGGGUGAAUAACUGUGUGGGAUUUUCUAAUUACAAAUUCUUCCUGCUGUUUUUAUUGUAUUCCCUAUUAUAUUGCCUUUUUGUGGCUACAACAGUUUUACAGUACUUCAUAAAAUUUUGGAUGAAUGAACUCACAGAUACACGUGCCAAAUUCCAUGUACUGUUUCUUUUCUUUGUGUCAACGAUGUUCUUCAUUAGCGUUCUGUCGCUUUUCAGCUACCACUGCUGGCUGGUUGGGAGAAACAGAACAACAAUAGAAUCAUUCCGUGCACCUACAUUUUCAUAUGGACCUGAUGGAAAUGGUUUCUCACUUGGAUGCAGUAAAAAUUGGAGACAAGUCUUUGGCGAUGAAAAGAAAUACUGGCUACUUCCAAUAUUUUCAAGUUUGGGUGAUGGUUGCAGUUUUCCAACUCGCCUUGUGGGAAUGGAUCCAGAACAAGCUUCUGUUACAAACCAUAAUGAAUAUGCCAGAAGUAUUGGCUUAAAUCAACCCUUUCCUAUCAAACCACUUAGUGAAUCGAAAAACCGAUUGCUAGACAGUGAAUCUCAGUGGACAGAGAAUGGCUCUGAAGAAAGCACUGUAAGAUCAGGGACAAAGAACCAUGUUACAGUGGCAAUAGAAAAUUGAGUACGAUGUGUUCAUAACUAACUCAUUGAAUAAGAAUAAGGUUUAUAAAGAACAUAUUAUGGACUGAUAUUUUCAGUAUUAUUUGCAAGAAAAUUGUCAAUGGGAUGAAAUAUUUGAAGUAUAGCAAAAGAUAUAUUUUUUUCAAAAGAAGCCUUUGUACAGAUCGCUGAAUCCACAGAAGCGCUACUUUAGGACAGAACGGGAAGAUGCCUUAAUCUUAAAUAAUUUCAACAAUGACUUACAGCUACAAAAGUGACUUAAUUUUACUUUGCAAAUAACACCUGUUAUGAGAUGUUAUAAUGGGUUAGAUCACAUGGUAACAUGGCAUAUGUAUUUUUGGAUACCUAAGUUACGCUAUCAGAGUUGUUUUCUUAGUGUCCAUGUGAACUGUGACUGCAGAAACACAAGCUUAAAAAACUUGUCUUAAUUGAAGUACAUCUGGGGCAGUUUGGUGGCUAAAAGUGAAUGAUAAUAUCCAAAUCACUGUUGCUUGUACUAUGUAAGGAAAAGAAAAGAGCUGUUUUUUAAAAAUUGAGUGUUUGGUAAUUUAUAAUUACUGUUUUAUACUUUUCAACAUUUUUAAUAAAGGUUUUUUAUUGUUGGCUCUACAGUAACACUCAUAAGGGUUAAGAUAUCUAAAUAUAAUGAUUUAAAACAUGGAGCACAUUUGAAUAAUUCAUUGAAGGCUUAGUUCUGAGCAUCAAUACAACAAUUUGUAUUAUGUGCUUAAAGCUUAAAGAAAACUUGGCAGUUUAAGAAAUAUUUUUGUUUCUCUCUGCUUUAAAAUUACUUUCUGUUAAAUUUUUAUUAGUAUACUCGCAAGCAAACACAAAGGUACGUGUGCUGUAGAAAUAUUGGACAAAGUAGAAAUAGGCAGAAGUGGCCAGAAGAAAAGUGAAGAAAAAGAUAGACAGGCUGUUGUAAGCUGUUAAAAAUAUUUUCAGUCCUAAGGUAUGUAGAAUGCAACAUGUUAUUAAAUUGACUUUGAAAUUUCAAUUUAGGUAAUGAAAAAUUACUUUAGAACUUUUUACAGUAAUCCUAUUAACAGCUUUAACAGUGACUUAAAAUGCAGUUUCAUAGGGUGAAACUGUUUAGGAUCAUGCUUCUCUCAGCAAAGAAAUUUUACUUGAGUAGCCAUUUGAAACUUUCAGUCUCUGACAGGUAGAGUUCGCUGUUAAAAGCAAAAUAUAAGAUCUGAACUACUAACAGCAACUUCUUGCUGCCUAGCCACUACCCUCUUUCCUUUCGAAAUCCAGUCUAAGUGGCAAGAAUUAUUGCAUUACUUAUAAAGGAAAAUACAGUAUCUAAUAAAUGUUAAUCCUUGUUUAUACUGUUUAGACAAAUAUACACAUACAAACCAAAAUAAUUGAUUGCUUCCAGGAGUGGAUAGAAAUCUUUUGUGUAUGUUGACAAUUUUUAUUUCUUCAUUUGUGAAUUAUCUGAGAACCUAAUAAGUAUCCAGCACUGUGCUGCAUGUUUAAAAACAAGUACCACAAAAUCUUCCAAAGAACCAUGCAAAAUAAAUACCACAGUCUCUAUUUUACAGAUAAGAAAGCGGAGGCAUAAAGAUCUUAAGUAUCUUCUCAAGGUCACACAGCAAGUAAAUGACAAAGUUUUGCUUCAAAUUCAGAUCAGUGAUCCCCAAUUUCAUGCUCUGACUGCAGUACCACAUUGCUUCCCUGAGAUAGUUUUGAAAUGUAUUUUAAUAGAGGGGGUAAGAUUAAAGAACUCCUUUGCUAGCCAUGUAAGGAAUAUUGUGAGACUGCUUACUUGUGUCUAUUUAAAGUUUUGAAGGUAGAGAAGGAAUGAAUGAGAGACCUUUUCACAAUUACAAAAUCCAACUGCAUCAUUUGUAUAGACUCUGAAGAGUUAAAUGAGUUGCUAGAUGCGGUGGUUUAAUCAAAAGAUGGGACAAAAGAGGGCAAAAAAAAUACAAACAGCACAAGAAUCUGAAUCUUGUCAGAUUCAUGGCUCUGUGUGCUUUGCACAAUGGGUUUCCUGUUUGGAUUUCUCUCUGCACGCACCUGGUGACUCUGCUAAAAUGUCAGAUCCUCUACAAAACCUCACCAUUUUUCUUUUUCUUUCUUUUUUUAAUUUUUAAAAUUUAAUUUUUACGGUAUUUUUCCCCAUUACUAUUUAGUCCCUUAUCCUCCCCUUCCCCUGGCAAUCACCACACCUGUUGUCAUGCCCAUGCGUUCUUUUUCCUUUUUGCUCAAUCCCUGCACCGCCUCACCUCUAGCCUACCCUCACUCGCUUCAUCCUGCUCUCCAUCUAUGAGUCGGUCUCCAUUUUCUUUGUAAGUUUAAGUUUCAUCAUUGGAUUCCACAUAUGAAUGAAAUCAAAUGGUAUUCGUCUUUCUCUGACUGGCUUAUUUCACUUAGCAUAAUGUUCUCUAAGUCCAUCCAUGCUGUCGUAGAAGGUUAAACUGUCCUUCUUUACGGCUGAGUAUUAUCUCAUAGUUGUUUUAUCCACUCAUCUACUGGUGCACACUUGAACUACUUCUGUAUUUUGGCAAUUGUAAAUAGUGCUGCAGUGAACAUAGGGGUGCUUAUGUUCUUUCGAAUUAGUGUUUUGGGUUCCUUAGGAUAUAUUACCAGAAGUGGGAUCACUGGGUCAAAAUGCAGACCCAUUUUUAAGUUUUGAGAUUUCUCCACACUGCUUUCCACAAUGGUUGUACAAGUCUGCAUUCCCACGAACAGUGCAAAAGGGUUCCCCUUUCUCCACAUCCUUGCCAGCACUUGUUUGUUGAUUUAUUGAUGAUAGCCAUUCUGACAGGUGUGAGAUGAUAUAUUAUUGUGGUUUUAAUUUUCACUUCUCUGAUGAUGAGUGACAUUGAGCAUCUUUUCAUAUGUCUAUUAGCCACCUAUAUGUCCUCUUUGGAGAAGUGUCUCUUCAUGUCCUUUGCCAUUUCUUAAUUGGGUUGUUUGUUUUUUUGGUGUUGAGUUUUGUUAAGUUCUUUAUAAAUUUUGGAUAUUAUUUUACCACAUGUGUUAGCGAAUAUGUCCUUCCAUUCUGUGGGUUGUCUUUUUAUUUUGUUGAUGAUUUCCUUUGCUGUGCAAAAAUUUCUUAGUUUGAUGUAGUCCCAUUUGUUUUAUUUUGUUUUUGUUUGUUUCCGUUACCUGGGGAAAGAUAUCUGAUAAAAUAUUGCUGCAAGCAAUGUCCAAGAUUUUGCUGCCUAUGUUUUCUUCUACAAUUUUUAUGGUUUUGGGUCUAACAUUUAAGUCUUUGAUCCAUUUUGAAUUUAUUCCUGUGUGUAGUGUAAGAAUGUGUCUCAUUUCAUUUUUCUGUACGUAUCUGUCCAAUUUCCCCAAAACCAUCUAUUGAAUAAACUAUCGUUAGUUAACCGAUUGCAUGUGCUUGCUUCCUCUGUCGAAUAUUAAUUGACUAUAAAGGUGUGGGUGUAUUUCUGAGCUCUAUUCUGUUCCAUUAACCUACGUGUGUGUUUUUAUGCCGGUACCAUGCUGUCUGUGGCCUUAUACUACAGUUUGAUGCUAGGUAGCGUAAUUCCUCCAACUUCGUUCUUCAUUCUCAAGAUACCUGUUGCUAUGCGGGGCCUUUUGUGAUUCCAUAUAAAUUUUUGAAAUAUUUGUUCUAGUUCUGUGGAAUCUUGUUCUGUGGAUUGGAAUCUUGAUAGGAAUUGUGUUCAGUGUAUAGAUUGCUUUGGGUAGUAUGAGUAUUUUAAUGUUAAUCCUCCCUAUUCAUGAACAUGUUAUGUGCUUCCACUUAUUUGUAUCUUACUCAAUUUCUUUGUUAGUGUGUUAUUGGCAUAUAAAAAUGCAACUGAUUUCUUGAUAUUAAUUUUGUAUACUGCUACUUUGCCAAAUACAUUGAUCAGUUCUAGUAGUUUCUUGGAAUCUCUGGUGUUCUCUAUAUAUAGUAUCAUGUCAUCUGCAAAUAAUGCCAGUUUUACUUCUUCCUUUUCAAUUUGGAUGUCUGUUAUUUCUUCCUCUUGUCUGAUUGCUGUGGUUAGGACUUCAGUACCAUGUUGAGUAAGAGAGGUGAAAGCGGUUAUCCCUAUCUUGUUCCUGAUCCUAAGGGGAAUGCUUGUAGUU